AUGGCGUUGGGUCGGCUCCUGUACACAUCCGAGACAGAGAGGGAAAGAUGGUGGCGAGGUCGGACGGUUCACCGGGGCGGCAACGGUUGCCGAGACGACAUGGCAGGGAGGCGGUGUCGCAGGGCUGCUGGUGGCGGGGACAAGAGGAAGGCGGCAACACUGUCGGCCGGUCGGGGCAAGGGAAAUGACUACCGUUCCAAGGUCUCUGGUCUGGGAGCUUGUGAAGAAGAGCAAGUGCUUCUUGAUCAAGCGGUUUGGCAACUGCAAUGCCAAGGUCCAGUUUCGCAAGGACCAAACGACCUCUACAAUGUCUGUUACUACAAGUUCUUAGGCUUAGCAAACAACAAGACCGUGGCGGUCCAGCCAUCAGCGGGAGAGGAGAAGGCUGUUGUCCUAUCCACGAGCAAGACCAAGAAGCAGGACACCCAUGCCAAGCUGUUGCACAAGACUCUAAUGCGCAAGCAGUUCCGCAAGAUGGCAGGACAUGGGGUUUUGCUAGAGUUGCGGGCCGACUCCCCAAAGCCGACUUCUCUGGAAGUCGCCAGUCAGGAGUCGGCUUAUCCUGAAGUCGUCCCUGGGACUCGGCCGCGAGUGGGCAGUCGGCCGUCUUGCCGUCGUCUUCUCAGAAGGCGGCUUUUCGUCCUAGAGUCUUGA